AUGGCUUUACUUUAUCACAUUUCAUUUUUUGAUGUUUUUUUCCACAGAAUCGCCGAUCAAAUAUCUGAAUCAGGUGAUCAUUCUCUAGAUCGCUCAUCUGAUUCUAUUUUACUCAACUAUGUCACAAAAUCCUCUCAUGUUAAAACAGGUGGACUCAAUGAUUCGUUACAUUUGUGCUGUUCGUCUGGUGAUCCUUUCUCUCAAAUUAUCACACCUCCUAACUACGACUUAUGCACUUUGGCAGAAGACAAGCAUGCUCAUCCUGUUGACUGCCCUGCUUCCUUUCAAAAUAGUAAUUAUCUCGCUUUUGCUCAGCACUCGAAUUUGGAGAAAAAGGAGUUAUCCGUGGAUAAACCGGGAACCUCCGAUUUAACACCCAUGAUCAAUCUGCCUAUUUUUGCUUCAUCCUCGGAGUCUACAAAUCCUACAGUUGGCCCCGUACACUCAUGCAUUUCUCCAUGGGUCAAGAACAGUGUGCUUGAUUGUGCUCUUGGCAGCGGCGAAAAAUCCCCUGAUUGGGCAACUCCCAAGAAAGCAAAUGCGCACUCAUUGCCUCAAGAGCAGUUGAAUUCGUCUCUUGCCCAUGUUCUUAGUAGGUGA